UCUGCUUCAUUAUUUCCUGUUACGUCGACGCUUAACGGUCGGUUUGUAGGACUGAGAUUUUUCAGCCAUUUUUUAGCGUAAACACCAAAGAGCAAAAUGCGUGAAUGCAUCUCCGUCCACGUUGGACAGGCUGGUGUCCAGAUUGGGAAUGCCUGCUGGGAGCUUUACUGCUUGGAACAUGGCAUUCAGCCAGACGGUCAAAUGCCCAGUGACAAGACCAUUGGCGGAGGAGAUGAUUCCUUCAACACAUUUUUCAGUGAGACUGGAGCUGGAAAGCAUGUCCCUAGAGCUGUUUUUGUGGACCUUGAACCCACUGUGAUCGAUGAGGUGCGGACUGGGACGUAUCGCCAGCUGUUCCACCCUGAGCAGUUGAUCACUGGCAAGGAGGAUGCAGCUAACAAUUAUGCCCGUGGACACUAUACCAUUGGAAAAGAGAUCAUUGAUCUUGUUCUGGACAGGGUUCGCAAACUGGCUGACCAGUGCACUGGUCUUCAGGGCUUCCUGGUGUUCCACAGCUUUGGUGGUGGGACCGGCUCUGGUUUCACCUCCCUGCUGAUGGAGCGCCUUUCUGUCGACUACGGCAAGAAGUCAAAGCUGGAGUUUUCCAUCUACCCAGCUCCCCAAGUGUCCACUGCUGUGGUUGAGCCCUACAACGCCAUCCUGACCACCCACACCACCCUAGAGCACUCUGACUGUGCCUUCAUGGUAGAUAACGAGGCAAUCUAUGACAUCUGCCGUAGGAACCUCGAUAUCGAGCGUCCUUCCUACACCAACCUGAACAGGUUGAUCAGCCAGAUUGUGUCCUCCAUCACUGCUUUGCUCCGCUUCGAUGGCGCCCUCAAUGUUGAUCUGACAGAGUUCCAGACCAACUUGGUGCCCUACCCUCGUAUCCAUUUCCCCCUGGCCACCUACGCCCCCGUCAUCUCUGCAGAGAAAGCUUAUCACGAGCAGUUAACUGUAUCAGAAAUCACAAACGCUUGCUUCGAGCCAGCCAAUCAGAUGGUGAAAUGUGACCCUCGCCACGGCAAGUACAUGGCCUGCUGCCUUUUGUACCGUGGCGAUGUGGUGCCCAAAGAUGUCAACGCUGCCAUUGCUGCCAUUAAAACCAAGCGCACCAUCCAGUUCGUGGACUGGUGCCCCACCGGUUUCAAGGUCGGCAUCAACUACCAGCCACCCACUGUGGUUCCUGGUGGAGACCUGGCCAACGUCCAGAGGGCUGUGUGUAUGCUGAGCAACACCACCGCCAUCGCUGAGGCUUGGGCACGACUUGACCACAAGUUUGACUUGAUGUACGCCAAGCGUGCAUUUGUUCACUGGUAUGUGGGUGAGGGAAUGGAGGAGGGUGAGUUUUCUGAGGCUAGAGAGGACAUGGCAGCUCUAGAGAAGGAUUAUGAAGAGGUUGGAGUUGACUCUGUUGAUGGGGAGGGAGAUGAGGAAGGUGAGGAGUAGGUUCAUUGCAAUAAAAUCAUCAAAGUUAUGCAAGUUCACUCAGAAGCACUGUUACAUUGUUCUACCAAAUCUUGUUACACAUUCCUGUGUAUAUUUUUCAACUUUAAAUAAAUGUGUUGUUUUAAUGCUAUGUGAGAGUGUAACAUGGAGACAUGACCACUUUGUUUUGUAGUUCUGUUCUUUCAAUAUCAGCACUUUCUUUUAUUAAGGUGCUGCUUAAUAAAGAGUACAUGAGCUGUUUAAA